UAUUGACGUUUAAUCUAGAACUAGAAUAAUCGGCUUCAUCAAUAAUACAAGGAGGAUUCACUUGCAAUACACAAGGAAUUUAUUCACGGUUCCUUUGCCACACUAUAUAUAUCAUUGUUAUGUCGACAAUCGUAACAUAGUUUCUACACUAUAACUUGUGAACGUACUAUUAUUAGCUAAGUUGUUUCACCUUUAAUUUGUAACCUAAUAAUAUGGCUCAACUCCAGAGGUACGGACCAUAUGGUGACAAAGAGGCCGUAGAAAACUUUUCGUUCAAACUCGAAGGAUCUGAUAGAAUCAAAGAAAUAAUUGUGAGGGCGGGUUUCAUUGUGGAUGCAAUCGGGCUCACCGUGACUAGCUACAACGGGAGUAGUGAUACUUCCAUGUUUGGUGGCAAUGGCGGACUUGAAUACAAGAUUAAGCUCAAGAUUGGUGAAUACAUAACUGGGAUAAGUGGGAGGACCAAAGAUUCAUUAAUAUCGAAACUGAGGAUACAUACUAAUUUGAACCAGCGUGGACACGGGCCGUAUGGAAAUAAUGAACUCAAAGGCGGCUGUGAAUUUAAGUCUCCAAUGCCAUUACCUGAAAAUGACCGUUUCGUUGGAUUCUUUGGAACUGCUCAUGACAACCUUGUUUCCAUUGGUCUCUAUGUUGAAAAGCAAAGUCAGACCGUCGAGAAACUCGGGCCUUUUGGCUAUCAGACAGGGCAACAAUGGUCUAUAAUGCUUGAACCCUGUGAAAAUUUCAGAGAGAUAAUCAUAAAGACUGGCGCAAUUGUUGAUGCAUUCACGUUUGUCACAACAAACACUCGUCGAAAGUUCGGCGGUGAUGGUGGAAAUGCUGAACACAAGAUUACACUCCAAUCUGGCGAAUUUAUAACUAAUGUAAGUGGGUGGAUUGGAGAAUGGCACGAAAAUCGUUGCUUGACGAAGCUUAAGAUACAUACCAAUAUGCGUAUGGAUGGUUACGGACCUUUUGGAGGUGGACCGUACACGAAUUAUUUGUCUCAAUUUCGCUCACAAGUACCAUCAGGUGGUCGCGUUGUUGGAUUUUUUGGAACCAUACACAAGAACUAUGUUGAGUCUAUUGGACUCUAUGUCAAACAGUAAUCAAUCAAGAUUGCUAGGUGUUGUUCAUGUCUUUUGUUACCAUAAUGGGCGUUCAGCUAGCUUUCAACUAAUAUGAAGUUAUCGUGUACUUUGUAUGCAUAAAUAAGGUCUUCCACGAUAUAUGUGUUGUGGAAUUUCUAUGUUUUCAAUAAGCCAUGUAUAAUGUACACUACAAAGUUGCCUGUGUUGUUAUAUAUAUCUUGUAUCUUUAGUGUGGUUACGUACCAUACACUAAAAUAUAUUUUCUUCUUAUAUAUGUACAUAAUCUUGUAAUCACAUGUUAUCAAAUUAUAAGACAAAAGCUAACGAACGCCUCGAGAACGUUCAAUGACUAUA